AUGGGGAGUUGGGUUGCUCAACCUCAACUUCCUUCAUAUCAACCAGUCUCUUCUUCUCCUUCUUCUUCUUCUUUCACUCAUGAUUCAUCAUGGACAUAUGAUGUGUUUUUGAGUUUUAGAGGUGAGACACGCACCAAUUUUACAGAUCAUUUGUACAAGGCCUUGUGUGAUAAGGGCAUCUACACCUUCAUUGAUGGAGAGCUUGUAAGAGGAGAAGAAAUAUCGCCAGCCCUUGUCAAAGCAAUUGAAGAAUCAAGAAUUUCUCUCAUUGUAUUCUCUGAAAACUAUGCAUCUUCGAGGUGGUGCUUGGAUGAACUUGUCAAGAUCCUUCAAUGUAAACAAUCAAACCAACAAAUAGUUUUGCCCUUUUUUUUCAUGGUGGAUCCGUCAGAUGUACGACACCAAAGAAGUAGUUAUGGUGAUGCAUUUGUUCACCAUGAACGCAAAUUCAAGGAUGACAAGGAGAAAGUGCUCAAAUGGAGGAGAGCUCUUAAGGAAGCAGCAAAUUUGUCUGGAUGGCAUUUCAAGGAAGGAGAUUAUGAAGCUACAUUUAUCAACAGCAUUGUUGAUGGAAUCUUGAACCGAGUACUGAGACGCACAUAUUGGAAUGUGGCCAACCACCUAGUUGGAAUCCAGUCUCAUGUACAAAAUGUGAAAAAGCUUUUAAAUGGUGGUGGGAAUGGUUGUCGCAUGGUUGGGAUAUGGGGGACAUCUGGAAUAGGCAAGACAACAAUUGCAAAAGCUAUAUGGAAUGCAAUUGCCCAUGAGUUUCAAGGAGGUUGUUUCUUGCCAAAUGUUAGAGAAGGAAGCUUAGUCCAGCUACAGGAGACUCUUCUUGAUAAGAUUCUAGGCAAAAAUUGGAAAAUUCAGAGUGUUGAUGAAGGAAUUGGUGUUAUAAAAGAACGGCUGAGGCAUAAAAAGAUUCUCUUAAUUCUUGACGAUGUGGACCAAUUGGAGCAGUUGGAAAAAUUGGCUGGAGAUGAUUGGUUUGGUGAGGGUAGUAGAGUAAUCAUUACUACAAAAAAUAGGAGAUUGCUAGACAAUCGUCAAAUUGAGUUGAUAUACGAGGUGAAGAAGUUAGAUUACAACCAAGCUCUUGAGCUUUUCAGUUGGCAUGCAUUCCGAAGAAGUGAACCUCAAAAAGAUUAUUUGGAACUCGCACAACGUGCAAUAGCUUUUGCUGAUGGCCUUCCACUAGCUCUAACAAUUUUAGGUUCUCAUCUUUAUCGUAUAGAUAUACGACGUUGGCAAGUUAUAUUAGAUGAUUACGAAGGAGAACCUUAUACAUAUAUUGAAAGAAUACUUCAAAAAAGUUAUGAUGCCUUGGAUCAUCGCGCAAAAGAAUAUUUUCUCGACAUUGCAUGUUUCUUCAAGGGUGAAUAUGAGGACUAUGUGCUACAAAUAGUACCCCAAAAAUUCAUUGAAGAAUUCGUUGAUAAGGCAUUGAUAACUACUGAAUUGAGGAGGAUUUUAAUGCACGACUUGAUAGCAAACCUGGGCAAGGAUAUAGUUCACAAAGAAUCCCCCAAUGAUCCUGGCCAGCGUAGUAGAUUGUGGUUUUACGAGGAUGUCAAACAAGUUCUAACGGAAAGUACAGGAACAAGGAAUAUUAAAGGCAUCGUGGUGAAGUUUCCAAAACCAGCUGAGAUAACCUUGAAUCCAGAACCAGCUGAGAUAACCUUGAAUCCAGAAUGCUUCCGUAAUAUGGUAAAUCUUCAAAUUUUCAGGAGCCAUAAUGCAUCUCUACGUGGGAACAUUAACUAUCUGCCCAACGCGUUAAGAAUUAUUGAUUGGCCUAGUUGUCAGUUACAAUCUUUGCCACCCAAUUUUCAAGGAAAUCGUCUUGUUGAGUUCGAAAUGCCUGGCAGUCAUAUCAGACAAUUGGAGGGAUUUAAGCAUUUGCCAAACCUGACAUAUAUGAAUUUGAGUGAUUGUCAAUCCUUAGAAAAAAUCCCAGACUUAUCCGGAAUCCCAAACAUAAUGGACUUGAAUCUAAGUGGUUGUACAAGUUUGGUAGAGGUUGAUGAUUCUAUUGGACUCCUUGAUAAACUUGUUCAAUUGGAUCUCGGUGGAUGCGUUAAGCUUACGAGGUUUGGAACAAGACUUAGAUUGAAAUCUCUUGAAGAACUUGAUCUUUCAAAUUGCAAAAGGCUUGAGAGUUUCCCAGAAAUAGAAGUCGAGAUGGAAUCACUACGGAGAUUGGAUAUGCAUGGAAGUGGCAUAAGAGAAUUGCCUCUAUCAAUUUCAUAUCUUACUGGGCUUGUAUUCUUGGAUCUUAGUGGAUGCUUCAAUCUUACUGGGCUUGAAUUACGGCUGCUUUAUUGCUGGUCCACAUUACUAUUUCUUCAUCUAGCUGGAAUCAAUUUUGUCACGCUUCCGGAAUGCAUUAGCAAAUUUGUGAGCUUGGACGAGCUUGACUUGAGUGUUUGCAAGAGUCUUCUAGAAAUUCCACAAGAAGUGCUUCCACCAAGUGUAAGUAAGGUAAUCCUGGAUAACUGCACAUCAUUGGAGAAAAUUCCAAAACUGCCACUAUCAUCGGUGGUUGAGGAUAGGGAACUGAGUUUGACCAAUUGCGCUAGACUACAUGGCUAUGACAUCACAGAAAAUAUGUUUCUGGAUCAGGUAUCUUCUGAUCCGCAUUCUGCAUUUAUAAUUACUCUUCCAGGCGAUGAAGUACCAAAGUGGUUCAGCUGUUGUAAAGAAGCAAUUACUCUUCCAGGCGAUGAGUUUGUUGUAAAUAAGCAAGUACUCUUGCCGGCGACGAAAUACGAUUACACUCCUAAGGUUGUUGCUCGAUGUGAAGUUUGUUUUGAAAUUCCUCCAAAUUUAGAUUGGGAGACGUUAAGAUUGGUUCUAUGUGUUGUUAUUGUUAAUAAAGGAAAGUCAUAUUUCAUUAAAGGAAAGACAUCUGUUCAUAUCAAUAGAACAGAUGUCCAAUUGAAACAUAUGACACAUACGAAACCAAAGGAAAGUCAUGUGGCUCUUCAGUGUAUUCCAUUAUUGAAUCUGAGAGGGUUACAUGUGGGGGAAUUGAAUCUGAGAGGGUUACAUGUGGGGGAAGAACUGACGCGGUUUCAGAAGGGUAAUAUGUGUCAAAUUAUAUUUGAGUUCCGUGCCUUUUCCACACCCGUUAAAAUCCUCUGCGGGGUCCACCUAUUAGGCCACCAGGUUGCUGAUGUCACAGUUGAUCGUGGGCAAAGGCAGUGGUUGUUGCCUGAUGCGAUGGCUGUGGACGAUGAUAUUCAUGAUGAUCAACACCAAGACAACGAAUUGCUUUCCUUGCCUUCAGCAUCAGAGACUAGU